AAAACGUUAACUUCGGUUGCACCGAAGCUGGGUAUUAUAGCUUCACAUAUACAAAGAACUUGAUCCCGAUUGUUCAGUUUGUAUGGCAGCUUUAUGUUAUAGUGGUCCGAUAUCGGCCGUUUUGUUGAGCAGCUUCUUAGUGAGGAAACGAGAGGGGCGUAUAUAUACAGACAGACAGACGGACAUGGCUAAAUCCACUCAGCUCAUCAUACUGAACAUAUUUACACUGUUCAGGGUAUAAAUAUUUCAGGGAUUGACAGUAUAACAUAUGAGUAUAUAUAUUAGCAGAUAUCACUCAAACACGCACACAUACUCGAAACAUGUAAGCAUAUGACUUCACAGAGCUGGUAUGCACGUACUGAGCUUCCACUUCGAGAAAUCAGUACGAGCGCGACUAUACGAGAAAGCGGUUGGCAAAUAAUUACAUAUUAACCCGUUUAUUUUUAAAUGAGUAUAAUAACAACAAGCUUUAAAUAAAUAUGGAAAAUCGUGGCUCAUAUCCGCCUGUCCAGACGGGUGGACAACCAACUUAUGGUGCAAUAGGAACUCAGCCCACUCCCGCUGCGAUCCAUGUAGAAGACCCUGUCCCAGCCACUGGUUUCGGCUACAGUCCGCAACCUCCCCAGCAAACUAUACCGCCGACGGAAGGUUGGUUCGCACGCAACCAAGCCAAUAAGCCGCAAAUGAACUCAGCUGGAGCAGCUCUAUUCGUUUUAGUUACGGGCGGCAUGAACAUCGCUUGGAGCUGUGGCUUUGACAAUGUGCAGAACUUCACAACAGAUACCCAUAUCUUGAUAUGUUGGUAUGUCGCCGCAAUUUUUGGAGCUUCAGUCUCAGCAUUUAUUACUAACCGUGUAUUAAAGAAGCUCAUUUAUAUAUUCUCAGCGUUUUUGAUUUUGAUCGGGGGUAUAUUCUUCGUGACAUUGGCUGAUAAAUACGGUGGGAUUGCUACCGCCCGUUAUUUAAAUGGCUUCGCUGUGGGCCUUGUGUUCGUGCCAAUGAUUGUGCUGAUUGGCGAAGAGGUAAACAGUGAAAGGCGCGGCUUGGGCGCCGGAAUCCUUGAAUCAGGCAGUAUCGCUCUCGGAAUAUUCCUCCAAAUUGUAUUCGCGGCCUCUUUCAGUCAUACCACAUCAUCUUCCAAUAAUUCAUUUGGAACCACGCAACUUCAUGGUGUCAUCGCUAUCAUCUACGCCGUGCUAACGUUUGUUAUGUCGUACUUCUUUGUAGUCGAAUCACCGGUUCACCAUUUGAUGCAUAAUAACGAGCAUGAGGCUAUCGAUUGCUUGCGACGUUUGCAGCGUCCGUUCGUUGUAACACAGGAAACAUAUCAGCGCUUGGAGGAGCAUAAACGUUACAUUGAAGCCAGUGACCCGAAUGGCGAUAAAGGCAUACCAGCACUGGUAAAGCUUUGCUUACAUCGCGGCCUGGUUGCUCUCUCAUUCUCGCCAGCCAUUACUGCAGCACUUUUAUGGGCAUCUACAGUAUAUGCGGAACAAUUCGUCACGUGGCCUUGGCUAAUAUACGGUUUGUUUUUGUGGCUAGGCACCUGCAUAGCAGCCUUCAGCCUGGACUCAGUUGGCCGCAAGAAGACACUUCUUAUCGGCGCACUUUUAAGCGGUAUCUUGGCGAUCGCCAUUGGCGUCAUUUACAAUGACUUCUUCAACUUCUUCUCCUCAUCCAAAAUGGGAGCUGUACUGUAUAUGCUCUUCGUGUUGGGACUGUUUGCGAGCUUCGUUAAUAGCGCGUCCUCAGCAUAUUUGACGGAAGCAUUUCCGCUGCACUUGAAACCCUACUACAUUGCUCUACCCUUCAUCGUGGAGAUGUUCGUAUUACUUAUUAUCAGCGCAUGCACGCCAGAUAAAGACGGCUUGGCUACAUACUUCAUUACAUUUGGUGUUUUUUUAUUUGGCGUUCUUCAUUUUAGGCUUCUUCUGUCUACCAGAGACUAAGCAAGUUUCAUUGCAAGAAGCUCAAAGUAAAUUCAGAAACAUUUUCACUAGAUAAGUGUCAUUCGAUCACGGUAUUAUUGCAUUGUGAAUAAAGUACUUGAUUUCGCUGCUUUAAA